UGGCUGUUUUAUUAUUAUUUUUUUAAUGUUACCCUUUUGUUUUGAUAUUUCCUUUUUUUCUUUUGCCAUUAUUGACUAUGUGGGUUCUUUGAUUCAAUGAACUGCAUUUUCCCUUUUCUUUAUUUCAGUGAAAUUUUGAGGAUGGAAUUAAUGUAAUGUUUGUUUAGUCUUGUGUUUCUCUUUUUAAUUUCCUUAUGAUGAUUGGUUCCUUAAAAGCAGACACAUAAAAAAUAUUUUGUGGUAACAUCUAAAACGGUUUAGGAACCAGGAAACUCCGUUUUGAGGGAAGUUAGCCCCCAGAAUAUGGGGUGUUAAAUAGUAUAAUACUAGCAUAUCUUAGUUAUGUAUAUGUAAAAAAUCAGCAUUGUGCUUGCUUGGUUUCAACAAUGCUGAGUUAUGAAGGUGAUAAUGAUACCAGGACCUUUGAUUUUGUUCUAUGCCCAUGGCUGUGUUUCCUUAUAAGCUGCUUAUUUGGUAGCAAUUAAUCAUGUUAAAACAAAGUGAUCUCUCUCUCUCUUGCUAUGCAGUUGUAUGUGCACUUUGUCAUACUUGGAUUGGCUGGCAGCUGGCCAAGGAGAACUGAAAGAGGCAGAUACUGCCAGGGCACAAAAUCCUAUAAAUAUGAGUGGUUAUAUUGUUGGUGCGCUUGUCCCUAUUGCUUUUACGCUUCUCCUUCGAAAUUCAAAGAAGGUGAAGAAGAGAGGGGUGCCUGUUGAUGUAGGUGGAGAACCUGGGUAUGCAAUCCGAAACAGUCAGUUUCCAUCCCCUGUUGAAACAGCAUGGGAAGGUAUAUCCACUCUUGCAGAACUUUUUGAGCAGGCAUGUAAGCUACACUACCAUAAACGCUUGCUUGGAACUAGAAAAUUGAUUUCAAGGGAGGUUAAAGUACCUGAAGAUGGAAGAUCCUUUGAGAAGCUUCAUUUGGGAGAAUAUGAAUGGUUGACAUAUGGGAAAGCAUUCGAAGCUGUGUGCAAUUUUGCUUCUGGAAUGGUUCAACUCUGUCAUAGAAAGGAAGAACGUGUGGCAAUCUUUGCUGAUACAAGAGAAGAAUGGUUCAUUGCACUGCAGGCAUGCUUUAGGCGCAAUGUCACUGUGGUGACAAUAUAUGCAUCUUUAGGGGAGGAGGCUUUAUGUCGCUCAUUAAAUGAGACUGAAGUUACAACAGUAAUUUGUGGGAACAAAGAACUAAAAAAGCUUGUCAACAUUAGUGGGCAACUUGACACUGUCAAACGUGUGAUCUGUAUGGACGAUGAGAUUCCAACUAGUGCUAGUGGUAGAUGGACAAUCACUUCUUUUGCUGAUGUCGAGAGAGUUGGCUGUGAAAAUCCUGUUGAUGCUAAUUUACCUCUUUCAGCUGAUGUUGCAGUUAUAAUGUAUACUAGUGGAAGUGCUGGAUUGCCUAAGGGUGUGAUGAUGACACAUGGCAAUGUACUAGCUACUGUUUCUGCAGUCAUGACAAUUGUUCCUGGACUUGGAAGCAAGGAUGUUUAUCUGGCAUAUCUACCCCUUGCUCAUAUUCUUGAAUUAGUGGCUGAGAAUUUAAUUUCUGCUGUUGGAGGUGUCAUAGGAUAUGGUACCCCAUUGACUCUCACAGAUACAUCUAGCAAAAUAAAAGCAGGAACGAAGGGGGAUGCCACUGUGUUAAGUCCAACUGUGAUGACGGCUGUCCCAGCAAUUCUUGAUCGUGUUCGAGAUGGAGUGCGAAAGAAGGUAGAUGCAAAGGGUGGACUAUCCAAGAAAUUGUUUGACUUGGCUUAUUCCCGUAGAUUAUCUGCAAUAAAUGGUUGCUGGUUUGGUGCCUGGGGCCUGGAAAAGUUUCUAUGGGACUUUUUUGUCUUUAAAAAGGUUCGAGCAAUUCUAGGUGGUCACAUUCGAUUUUUGCUAUCUGGUGGUGCUCCUCUAUCUGCAGAUACGCAGAGAUUUAUCAGCAUCUGCCUUGGUGCUCCAAUUGGCCAAGGUUAUGGUCUAACUGAGACUUGUGCUGGUGCCACCUUCUCUGAGGUUGAUGAUACAUCCGUUGGUCGUGUUGGUUCUUCACUUCCUUGUUCCUUUAUUAAGUUAAUAGAUUGGCCUGAAGGUGGAUAUUUAACUAGUGAUUCACCAAUGCCUCGUGGAGAAAUAGUGGUCGGUGGUCCGAGUGUAACACUUGGAUACUUCAAAAAUGAAGAAAAAACAAAAGAAGUGUACAAGGUUGAUGAGAGAAUAAUGAGGUGGUUCUAUACGGGUGACAUAGGACAGUUUCAUGCUGAUGGUUGCCUUGAGAUAAUUGACCGUAAAAAGGACAUAGUCAAACUUCAGCAUGGGGAAUAUGUCUCUUUAGGAAAGGUUGAGGCUGCUCUCAGCAUCAGUCCCUAUGUCGACAAUAUUAUGUUGCAUGCUGAUCCAUUCCAUAGUUACUGUGUAGCUCUUGUGGUGGCUUCCCAGCAUGCAGUGGAAGAUUGGGCUUCAAAGCAAGGAGUUGCUUUUACUAAUUUUGCAGACUUAAGUGAGAAAGAAGAAACUAUCAAGGAAGUAUAUUCGUCUCUUGGUCAGAUUGCCAAGAAGUCACGAUUUGAGAAGUUUGAGAUUCCAGCAAAAAUCAAAUUGCUUUCUACUCCAUGGACUCCAGAAUCUGGCCUUGUCACUGCAGCACUCAAGAUCAAGAGAGAGGCCAUUAGAAAAGCUUUCUCUGAUGACCUGGCUGAGUUAUAUACAUCAUAGUUCAACAGGACUUGAUGCUUUUACUGGUGACUUUGCCAAUCUUCAAGAAUGGAAGACUAGUUUCUGAUGAUAUGAUCAAACCUAGAUUUAAACUGUGAGCUUAAGGUAAGGUUCUCAUUUCAAGUUUAGAUUCAAAGUCUAGGUGAAUAAAUGGAUAGAAGAAAUUGUUUUUCAUUGCAUAAACGAUGAAAGGAACACGAUACCAUUGCAAGGAAAGUUUUAGUUUUACUCUUUUAUUUGAAUUGAAUUCCGAUGUUGUAGGGGUACAUUAAGAGAUUUAGUCAUCUAAAUUAUGAAGUUCUUCUAGUUGAUGAUAUAACUGAAAUUGUAAUCAUGUCAUGUAAUAAUGAAGAAUAGAUUUUGCUUAGUUUAGGAGGAAAGGGAAACAGAGUAACGAGGAGCAAUGAGUUUGGUUUGUGGCUUUGUACAAUACAACUAAUUGAGACACCCGAAAAUGCACCGUACAUGAUUAAUCUGUUUCAUCUAUUUGACUUACUAAUGCAGUGGCAUAAGCAAGGAAAUGCAUAUUUGAAUCCGUUGACAUAUCAUUAGAGUUCGCGUUAGGAGAUUGUGGUUUCUAAGCCAAGUAUUAGAGCAAGGGGAUUCAAGGAGAUAAGAAUUUUCCAAAAAAAAAAAAAGAAAAAGUGUUUGGAGCAGCCUACAAAAAGUAGCACAUUAGAGUGGGGAAAGGAGACCCACAAUCCCAGAGCCAAAAUUUGGUCCCAUGAUGAUGAUGAUGAUGUGAAACUUUGACUCCAAGCCAACCGAAAAUGGAAACAGCCCCUUCUUCUCCCCAUGUGAAUGCUACAUUGAUUGUUUCCCUUCACUUUUUUAAGUCAAGCCUUUCAGGAUGUGUUUCAUGGACACUGCAAAGUUCAAAGCAUCCCCUUCCUUUCUUUAUCUUAUAUUCAUUUCCCUUUACACACGUACAUAUGCAAGAGCACAAAAAAUAUAUGUUCAUCAAGGAAUGCUUGCA